AUAUAGCCCCCCUCGCCCGCAGCUGAAAGGGGCUGUGGCCUCAGUCGGGAGUUUGUACUGUCGCUACUGUGUUGUGUUCACCUAUCUCAAUGGACGACCUGAGGAAGGGGGGCGAUUUGGAGGAGGUGGAGAUUGACCUGAGGGACUCCAGUGACCCCGAGGAGUUUGAACAACCAGAGACGCUAUGGAAAGCGGGGCGCUUUCAUGACCAGGAAGAAAAAAGUAUUCAUUCGUCUUCCCUUGUGGAUAUCAGCGAUACCAAACCCUUGCUCGAUGUUCGAGACCCUCGGGGGAUGAACGACUGCCUUAAGGUGACGUUUGAAGAUGUUAUUGCUGAGCCAGUGUCGGUGCGCAGCGGGGACCGAGUGUGGAUCUGGAGCCACGCUUUGUUUGAAGUCUGUCGAAUUUGGGUAUACAGGAUCAUCACAGUGCUUCUGGCCAUCCCCAUGUCCAUCCUCUCCGGAAUCCUCUUUGCUGUUCUCAGCUGCAUACACAUAUGGAUGAUCAGCCCCUGCAUGAAGUGCAUUCUUAUCGGAACACGCUGGCUGCAGAACCUUUGGAGCGUCGUGCUGGACGUCAUCGCGAGGCCUUUGCUGACCAGUGCCGGGCGGUGUUGUGGCGGCUUUAGCGUUCACUUGGCCAAGGAAUAACACAUACUUAGGCUACCUUUGAUUUGUAAAGGACACACAGCCACCAAGUGGAUGACCUAAUUGUGGACAUGUAAAUGUCGUUACAGACUUCAUCAUAAUGUGUUUACAGCAGCUUUGCUAAGAGUUCAACGCUGUAUGAGAUUUGUCAACGAUAACAUGUGCCUGACACAUUUAAUAUAGUUAGUAACAGUGUGCAGUUUACAACUUUAUGUGGUACAAACCUUUCUAUUUUUUAUUUUCUUCAGAUUUUUUGAAAAAGAGAUUUUUUUUUAAUGAAUGAAACAUCACACUACCGCACAGAUGAAUUUCUGGAAAAUUAAAAUAAGUGACCCCUCCAGAAGAGGAUAACUUACCAAA